AGAUGUAAAAUUAUGUGACAGAAUAUGAAAUCCUAUUAAUAAUCCUAUCAUAAUCCUAAUGGCCAUUUAUUUUUCACGUCUAUUCAGGAUACGCUGAGAAGUGGCCUUUUGAUUAUAAUCAUUUUUGUUUGUGUACAAUGUCUGGUCACAGUUUGGUGUUGGACUGUCGGGGUGAUUUUAUCAGGGUCGUAGCUUUGUUUAGUCCUAUACUCCUAUUGCUAUUGGAUCCGUUCACAAUGUUCUCUUUUUUGUAAUGUUAUGAGAGCUUUAAUAAGUGAAUUCUUGCAACUUCAGAUAUUAAAAUAGAAAAUCUAUAAUUCCAAUUCAUGGGAAUAAUGGUGCCAGAUAAUUUCAAUAACCUAGCGGAUGAGCUAGAAAAACAAGAACUAGAUGCUCCUGGCGGUGUGCCUCCUCCACAAGUAUAUGCUAAGCUAUUAGCUAUUUAUCUGUACCGUAAUGAUUUAUGCAACGCUAAGUACCUGUGGAAAAGAAUUCCUCUAACCAGUAAGUCAUCCUAUCCAGAACUGAAUCUAAUUUGGGGAGUUGGCAAGGCUAUGUGGCAGAGGGAUCUCCCCACUGUUUACUCUACUAUUCAGAACACGCCAUGGUCAGAGAAUGUUUGCAACAUCAUGAAAGCUCUUCAUGAAGAGGUGCAGAAGCGAGCGACGGAGCUGGUGUCACGGGCCUACUCGUCGCUAAGCGUGGACACUCUGUCAGCGCUGGUAGGCCUCAGACAAGAGGACGCCCUGAAGCUGGCCGCUGAACGAGGCUGGCAAGUGGACAACGGCCUCGUUAUCCCCACCCGUCCCGUCAUCAGCACUCCGCCCAUUGCGUCCAGCGAGGACCAGCUCUACAAGCUCACCGACUUUGUUUCCUUCCUCGAAAAUUAAUUCCACUAAACUGUCACAGUCGUGUAUAAUACCACUCAAUAUAUUGAAUUAACAAAAUUUGUUAUAACAACAUGAACUUCAACUGAGCUUUUUCAUUUGUCAAACUAUUAGAAUUAAAGUAUGUUUUUUUAUUAAAAAAUGUUGAUUAUUAUAAUUUUCCACAAUAAAUUGUUAUUUGAUUCCCAAUUUCAUUUAUCAACAGUCCGAUUUGUAAUCUAUAAUAUAAUAAAGGAUUAAACCUUCUAGUCGUGACCCUAUUUUUUCUGACGUUAGUCGUGACCCUGGGUCCCAGAGACCCACUUCUUUUAUAUUGAAUAUCUCAAUAUAUUUCAAGAUAUAAUGUUAUUCUAUGAUCCUAAUAUGUCCAAGGGUUAUUGAUGAACACAACGAGCACUUAUGUGAAACAGAAGUCAAUCUUUAUUUAUAAAAAUACAUUUAUAAAACCUUGCAUUUUUAGGGUAGUGACGUUUGGUUAUUAUUUUAUAUAAAGUUAACAAAAAAUUAUAGUGAUGAAUACUAUUAUGGAUCCAACAUUCAACACUACUAGAAAGAUGAGGAAAAAAUUGGAAGGUCAUAGCUCCCUCUUAGGGUAGUUUUUACCCCACCCUCAAGUUCAUGUUGCACAAUCUUUGCAAAACUUGAGAAAUUAUAGUAAUGAAUACUAUUAUAAAUCCUAAAACCUACAUGAAACACUACUAGAAAUCAUGAAAAAUAUAUAAGGUCAUAUAAAGUUUACUCUUAGGGGAGGUUUAGUACACCUAGAAUCACAUGAAGCUCAUUGGUUUCACUAUCAUCCUACUCAGGGUCAGUAUUCUUAUAUUGAGCUAUGAAUUUUUCUUAUCAUUACUAAUGUCAUUGAAAUAGAGAUCUAGUAGUCAAUUUGUACAUUCUUCGAAGUCUCUGUUCAAAAUGUACAUGUUGACUGCUUGAAUCCAAUCACUAUUGUAUAAAAAUGUGCAUUUGUAAAAAAUGAAAAAAGUUACGUUAGUUCUGACCCUUGGGUCCCAGGGUCCUAAAAGCGUCAUUUCAGAAAAACAAGUCACAGAGCACUAACACUAUACAUUAAUUUAAAGUGUCUACUGACAUGAAUUUACAUGGGUCUCAAUAGACAGUAAAGCAAACGGAAGCAAAAUUAUAACUAAAACAAAAAUUGCCCGGGUCCCUGGGACCCAGGGUCACGACUAGAAGGUAAAGGAACGAAUUUUCUUAUACAUGUACGGGAUACGAAUGAAAUUUAAAUCAUGUAUUUUUUGUACUAUUAAGUUAUUUUUUCUAUUAUAAUUAUAAGGUAUUGUUUUUGUGUAUUAUUUUGAGGCGUUGCAUUGAGGCCAUGCAAAAGGCUAAAAAAGCUUUUUACUAGUGAUAUUUUCGAACUUUUUUCAUGCUAUACUAUCAAAAUAAAAAAUAUUUUUUGAGGAAAACAUUUUUUUCCCGAUCAUUAAAAAAAAAUUAAUUUUUGAUACAGAUCAUUGAAAAUUCGGUAAGAGAUUCAUGAAAUUUUGAGGAUAUAUUCUUCAUGGUAUUGUUGAUUGAAUAAAACAAGAAUUCAUGAAAAUAUCCAUUUUCAAGAAAGUUAUAUAAUUUACAAAAAAUGACCGAAAAUAAUCCAUUCAAGUUGUUGGUAACUUGACUUUCUGUCAAGUUAUUUUUAGUCAUUUCUUGUAAAUAACUUCUUGUAAUAAUCAACUCCAUCAAAAAUUUAUAUUUUCAGAAUUUUUUUUUAUUCAAUCAAAAAUACCAUAAAGAAUGUAUGCUUAAAAUUUCAUGAAUUCAUCUCUCACCGAAUUUUUAAUGAUUUCCAAAAAUUCAUACUUUGGACGUUCAUUUCUCAAAAAAUAAUGAUUGGAAAAAAUGUUCUCCUGAGAAAACUCUUUCUUUGAUAGUUUGUAUACAAAUUAAAACUUUUAAAUCAUCAGUAAAAAGUUUUUUUCAGCCUUUUGCAUGACCUUAAAGCAACGCCACAAAAUAAUACA